AGGCCUGGGCCUAGGCGCCUCCAACCUGGCGGGGCUCGUAGCGCUGAACGCAUCUGUGGGCCCAAGCCGGCGCGCCACCAUGGUGGGCCUGGCCACCUGCGGCACUAGUGUCGGCACGAUCCUGCUGCCGCAGUUCUACAACCUGCUUGCAGGCUCCCUGGGCUGGCGCUGGGCCAUGCGCAUCAACGCCGCAGCCUCCUGUGGUUUUCUCCUGGCCGCGGCGCCUUUCUUCUGGGUGGCGCCUGCAAAGGCCAGCACCGAGUCAAAGAACUCACUUCCAGCUGCAGCUGCCCAGGCGGUUCCGGUUGCCCAAACGCGGGCCAGGCGCUGCCAGCCUCUCAGGGACCCACGCUUUCUUUGCUGGUGGCUGGACAUGGCAGUUUGCUUCUUCGGGUACUUUGGGCCCUCAGUGCUGCUGGCGGAGUUCGCGCGCACGGAGCUGCAGUUGGCGCCGGAGGAUGCGGCCAACUGCUACACGUUGCUCGGGGUCUCCGCGCUCCUUACCCGGCUGUGCCUGGGGUUCAUCACCCACGCCUGUGGAGGUCCCAGACGCGUCCAUUUUGCCUCGCAAAUCCUGGCGGGGGCCAUGACCUGCUUAAUGCCAUUCUGCUGGAACUUUGAAUCGCUGCUCGUUUGGAGCGUGCUUUACGGUUUCAGCAUUGGCCCCGUGAUCGCCCUGAUCAGCGUGGUGCUGAGUGAGUUGUUCGGUACUCAGGCGUUGGCCCUGUACCACGGCAUCUCGCGCGUCGGUGUGGGCACUGGCAACAUGCUGGGGGUGCCUGUGAUAGGCCUGCUGACGGAGUCGCAGGGCUACGUCUUCGCACUGGUCCUUUCCGGCUGCGUGGUGAUUGCUGGCACCGGCUUCCUUGUCAUUUUGGAGGUGCUUCACAGACGGAAGCUGAGGAGAGAUGCACAGGACGCGGAAGUGUCAAUCUGAGCUUAACUUCGUCCUGAAGCGCCAGGGUUUCUGCUCAGACUACGACUUGCAUUUUCCUGCCCAAGGUCAAACUUCCCCCCUAUGAGGAGGCAGGCCAUGUAUGUGUCGACGUUUGUAUGCAACAAGCGUCGCACAUGAUGUUUCGACCACAAGCAACAACCAUCUUCCUUUCUUGGGCGGAAGCUUUUCUACCACGGAGACAUUUGAAUUCAAGCAGAUGUUGCAACAAUGGCACAUCUGGCUGGCUCAAGGCUUUGCAAGUAAGCAACAUCGCACAGCAAGCUCAACGGCUCGCGUGCAUGCUGCUCUGAUCAGACACUUCUUGAGUGUUUGCCCUUUAUUGACCUCUCCAGACGCGUCAGUCGCGGGACAGGC